AUUGGCGCCCUCUUGCGGUUAUUUUCCAUAGUGCUCGUGGCCUCUUCCUGUUUUAUCAGCAGGGUGGGACACGGAAGCAGCAUCUUUCGCUGCUGGUAAUUCUCACUGACUGCUUGAAUUGAUCAAUCACAACUCAACAUGCCGGCGUACCACUCAACCAUGCUGGAGGGGAACAUCAGAACUGUUGCCAACAUGGCUUUGCUGCCCCUUAAAACUCAGUUUAAGGGACCGGCAAGAGGAGACGGCAUCGACACGGACAUAAUUGACGAAGCCAUCUAUUACUUCAAGGCCAAUGUUUUCUUUAAGAACUAUGAGAUCAAGAAUGAAGCAGACAGGACACUGAUCUAUAUCACGCUCUACAUUUCGGAGUGUUUAAAGAAGCUGCAAAAGUGCAGCUCCAGGGGUCAAGGGGAGAAGGAGAUGUACACGCUGGGUAUCACAAACUUUCCCAUUCCAGGAGAGCCCGGCUUCCCGCUCAACGCCAUGUACGCCAAGCCCGCUAACAAGCAGGAGGAAGAUACGAUGAGGUUGUACCUGCAGCAGAUCAGGCAGGAGACUGGCUUGAGACUAUGUGACCGGGUGUUCGACUCCCAGACAGACAAACCCAGCAAGUGGUGGAUGUGUUUUGUGAAGAAGCAGUUCAUGAACAAGAGUCUGUCUGCUCCAGGACAGUAAAUAAGCAACAAGCAGGUUUUCAUCUGCAUCUGCAAGAUAGAUGCUUAUUACUUAAGAACGGGUGGUUGGAAAUUUUUUUCUUUUGUGGUGCAAUUUUAUACUCUUGAGUUCUCAAGGAUGUCUCCUUACUUCAAUGUGCACGUUACUCAAAUUAAGCUGGUGCUUAAUUCAAUAAAGCAAUUAUGGAUCUGGGACAA